GGGAACCACGGAAUGGUCCGCUGGAGAAUUGAUAUGACACUUCUUUUCUGAAUGGGGACGGAUUGCUGUAGAGACCAGAUGCAGAUCUCUAUCUGAAAUAAUAACAGAUGAUAGAUCCCUUUCACGCAUGCCGAUCAGUGCGCCCGGCCGGAUCAGAUGACCUGCUGCUCUCUCUCUUUGAAGCCACAUUCCAGCCACGUCGCGUUGCCAUUUAAUUGUGACGACUGGGCUGGUUCACCAUCUCUCAGCCCCUCGAUAGCCCGACGGUCUAGCAAGGAAAAUGAAGCUGGGGCCAGUCAGCAACGCCAAGUUGGCCAGUGCAUGCUGCUUGGGUCUGAAUCAACUUGUCGGCACGAACCAGACAUUCUUUGCGGGGAGUCUGGCAUACAACUCCUCUCUGGCAUCUUAUUUCUCCCAGCAGGAGGCCCAACUCUAUCCCAAUUGCAUUGUGGCUCCCACCACUGUGGACGAUGUCUCUACUGCUGUCCAUUAUCUGACCUCCAACUCCAGGUGCGAUUUCGCAAUCCGGUCGGGCGGACAUAUUGUCUUUGCUGGGGCAGCGAACAUUAACGAUGGGGUGACCAUCGAUCUGCGCGGCCUCGACACAAUUGAAGUCAAUGACGAUCAUUCUACCGUGACGGUCGGAGCUGGAGCCACCUGGGGUGAUGUCUAUAAGGCUCUCGAACCGAUGAACCUCAUGGUAGCCGGAGGUCGCGUUGGCCAGGUUGGCGUCGGCGGCUUGACGACUGGAGGAGGCAUCUCUUAUUUCUCGCCACGCUUUGGCUGGACCUGCGACACUGUAGUCGACUUCGAAGUAGUGCUAGCGAAUGGGUCCGUGGUUCAUGCAAAUGCACAGAACAAUCCCGAGCUUCAGAUUGCCCUGCGGGGAGGGUCCAACAACUUCGGGGUCGUUACGCGAGUCCAGCUGAAAGCCUUUGAGCAGGGUCCAAUAUGGGGUGGCUUGACCUUCCACUCAUUCGACAACGUUGACCAGCAGCUCCAGGCCACAGCCGAUUUCAGCAAUGCGGAUACCUACGACGAUUAUGCAUCGUUGAUUCUUAGCUUCGGCUUCUCCGGUACUCAAGGGCCUGCCCUUCUUACUGCUCUGGAGUACACCAAGCCUGAAGCAUACCCAUCGGUCUUUCAGUCUUUUACGUCUAUACCCUCCGUGUUGAGUACGCUGCGAGUUGCAAACAUGUCCGAUAUAGCGACCGAACAAGGCUCGUUCCAGCCGAAUGGCGACCGACAGUUGUGGUUAACCACGACGUUCUACCCCAGUGUCCCCAUGCUCAACGCAACCUACCGUUGCUGGAACAACAGUCUAGCGGCCAUCAAAGAUGUGAAUGGGAUAACUUGGUCUCUGUCGCUCGAGCCAAUCCCGCCAUCAAUAUAUGCCCGCCGUAGCGAUUCCAACUCGCUUGGACUGUCGGAUACAUCCGGUUGUCUCGUAGUGGUGUUGUUGAGUGCAAGUUGGUCCGAUGAAGCGGAUGAAGCCGAAGUGACCAAAGUCGGCCGGGGUCUUUUUGAAGCGAUCGAGGACAUUGCCCAGCAGCAAAACGCGUCUCAUCCCUUCAGAUACCUGAACUACGCAGCUCAAUGGCAGAAUCCGAUCGCAAGUUAUGGGGAUGACAGUGUUGAGCAAUUGUGGCGAACUUCUCGGGCGGUCGAUCCGGAGGGAGUCUUCCAGCAACAAGUUCCCGGCGGGUUUAAGCUUCCUAUCAUCUAAAAUACUUCAAUACAGCACUGAUAGUUGGCCACUUGCUGUGAUGUGGGAAGCAUUGCUUUUUUCAAAUAGAGACUGGGGUCGAGACAUGGGUCAUGUUAAUAUCGACUUCCCCAUGUGGGUUUCGCAACGGAAUUAGGUCGGGUAGUUAUUGCUAGUCAUUCGGUGGGGGCAGUCUUGAUUAUACUUUGAAGAUAACCUGAUAAUCAGCGUGUCGUUUCCAGUCAAAUGCGACCUUAGGUCCUCAGUUGCGAUGGACACACGUCACUUGGCUCGAUGAGACUUACCGGAAAAUAAAUAAAUUGU